CGGGCGGACGGGCGGGGAUGGCGAGGAAGAGGGCGUUGCACCUGCACCAAGCCCGGGGGCCUCGCUGGCUCCCAACCGCGGCUUCUCCCCCACGGCCCGCCCGCCCCGCCCCCAGAGCAGAUAUAAAACAGGUGCUGCCCGGCCACGCUCCGCCGCCCGCUGCCACCCGCGUCCCCAUGGCCAGGCCCGCGAUGUUGGUGGGCGCCGCCCUGGCGCUGUGCCUGCUGCUGGCGCCCCCCUGCCUCGCAUGGUACAAGCAGGCCGCGGGGCCGGGCUAUUACUCCGUGGGCCGCGCCGCGGGGCUGCUGUCCGGCUUUCGCAGGUCGCCGUAUACGCGGCGCUCAGAAUCCCCCGUGGGCACCGGCCCCCUGAGCCGGGCCGGUGCCUUCCCCGACCUGCGCCCCAGCCUGCGGAGCCUCACCGUGUGCCUCGAGGACGUCACUCCCAACCUGCAGAGCUGCGAGCGGCUCCCCGACGGCCGAGUCACCUUCCAGUGCAAGGCGGAUGUCUUCCUGUCCCUCCGCGCCACGGACUGUCGCCGCACGUGAGCCCCGACCCGAGCCCGGACCUGCCUGGGCUCCCGGGGUCAGGAGCUGGCGCCCAGUACCAAGCCCCGUCUUUUCAGUAAACGGCUUAAAGAAUAAA